UCCCCCAAACUCUUCUUCCAACAUGCAUUAGCACUAGCAAAACCAUCAAAAUACUCACAAAAACAUAGAAAAACACCAAGAGGUAGGUAAGAAGAAAAAAAUGGUAGAGGAUAGAAAAGUUGGUGUGGCAAUAGAUUUUUCAAAGAAUAGCAAAAAUGCUCUGAAAUGGGCCAUUGUAAACAUGGCUGAUAAAGGUGACACAUUUUACCUCAUUCACAUCAACUCUAAUUCUCAUGAUGAGUCUCGUCACAAGUUGUUUGCAAAAUCUGGUUCUCCUCUUAUUCCUUUGGAAGAGUUAAAAGAGGAAAAUGUUAUGCGCAAGUAUGGUGUGCAAACUGAUGUUGAGGUUAUUGAAAUGCUUGACAUUGCUGCUGCACAGAAGGAGGUGAGUGUUGUUGCAAAAUUGUAUUGGGGUGAUGCAAGACAGAAACUUAUGGACUCUAUUGAAGAUCUAAAGCUAGAUGCUCUAGUUUUGGGAAGCAGAGGCCUUAGCACAAUCAAAAGGAUAUUACUUGGAAGUGUUAGUAACUUUGUGAUGGUUCACUCUCCAUGCCCAGUGACUAUUGUGAAGGAUUAUUCAAGAAGCAGCAGCAGCAGCGACUAGUUGAUCCAUAUGCUAUAUUUUUACUGUAUUGGGCUAAUGGAGUUACACUUCCAAAUAACAAGCCCUUAGCUUAUCCAAAGAAUAAUGUAAUUGGAAUGCUUUAUUAAUUUGGCCAUGUAAAUUAAUUCUAGUAACCAUGUCUAUAUUGUAGACUGUCAUGUAAAAUAUGACUAAAUAAUACUAAUAUUAUAUGAAUAUCUAUAAUAAAUUAUGAAUGUGUUUGAGAUAUUCAUUGUUAA